CGAUGUCAUCCGACAAUGUCCCGGUGAAAAUAUGUGAUCGGACGUUACGAAAGUCCAGCUAUAAGUGUUGGAGAGGGGAGUAGAGGCUUUAUCUGCUCGAUGGGUUGAUAAGAACUCGGAAAGCGACAGGAGUUAGAAAAAUUUAAUCUUUGGUCAGAUUAGAGGCGAGCCAGUUGCAGCGUGCCGUGAAUCGUGCGGCAUGAAUAGUGUACUUCUGACCGUUACUUGCGGGUUGAAUUUCGUCACAGUUUAAUAGUCCAGAACUCGGAAUAAUCGCAUAAUGGUGAAGUACCACCCGCUGUUUCAAAAGCCGCAGGUUACCGCCUGGGCCUGCAUCUCCCGGCGUUUGAAAUUCAUCUUUUUCUAUGGGCUGUUUGUCGGACUGGUUGGACUGGUGAUUCACGUAGCCAAGACAAACAGCAGCCUGUCGAGCAUCUACAACCUGCAAUCAUCCCUGGGUGACAUGCUGGAUUUGGAAAUGAGAUACCUGCCGAAAACAAACGGGUCGACCGGAUGGAAGCAAACGUCGGUUAAAGAGGGACACAUAUAUUCCGCCUACCUCGACACGAGACCAGAGCAAAUUUUGCAAGAGUCACACGAGGGAAUCGGAAACGAGACGACAUGGGCGAUGGUCAGAAUCAUCGCGAUACUACCGAGGUACAAUCCACCGGUGACUUGCUUCUACAAGUACCGAGGUAAACAGACCGAGGAUGGCGAGACGUUUCUGAUAAAGAAAAAAAAGGCGACUCGGACGAAGCCAGUAGCCAUAUCCGAGGGUUUCAACAUGUACUACAGCGCCUUCUUCGUACUCUGCGAUCUGACAAUGUCGGCGAAAAUGGACUACGAGGAGUAUUACUCCAAGCAGCAUCUGCCCUACGAGAUAACUAUCGCUCCCGGCAAUAUUACGGACUCCUACGAGCCGAAAAAUGAUUCGUUCGUACCGAUUUUCUAUCCAGAAAACGGCAUAUCGAUGGCGGAGUUCUCCACCAACUUCAUGGCUGUGUGCGUUCCCGUAUUGCACCACAACUUCGACAGGGUUACGAACCUGGUGGAGUUCGUUGAAUUUUAUCGAAUGAUGGGCGUCGGUCACUUCACCUUCUACAAUCGGUCGAUCUCAUCGAGGGUAGGAAAAGUGCUCGAACACUACAGAGACAACGGCGUGGCGACGAUUCUACCCUGGGAUCUACCACCCUACUUCAUAUUCGAGAAAAAUCUCAGAGUCGACGGUAUAUUCGCGGCCCUCAACGAUUGCCUCUACAGAAGCUCGUUCCACAAAAGUUACAUGUACGUGGCCAGCGUCGACAUCGACGAGUUCAUCGUGCCCAGAAAACACAAGGACUAUCUGGACAUGAUGCAGUACCUCGAUCCAAUCGGUCCCCAUUUGCCCCUCAACGACCAGGCCUCCUUCUUAUUCAGAAACAUGUUUUUCUACCUGAUGUUCGACGACGAUCCCGUGACGCUGGCGCCAGAAAUACCGAAGCUGUACACCCAGUCGAAGACGACGAGGACGAUGUUUGCAAACCCCGGAAGAGAACGGAGCAAGUACAUCGUCCGGAGUAGACAGACAGUCGAGCUGGGAAACCAUCACACUUGGGAACUGAGGAAAACAGCCUCGGCAUUCAACAAACGGUACAAGGAAGUCACCGUCGACGUGCAGGUCGCAGCCUCACAACACUACCGAAGCUGCGAGACGAACAUCGAAACGUGCUGGUUGAGGCAAACCGUGAAAGACACUUCAGCCCACAAAUUCACAGCGGCACUUGGGGAACGAGUUUCCAAAGCGUGUAAGGGGAUUUUCGAGAAUGGCUGUCCGGAGGACGUCGCAAACCAGCGACCGGACCGAGACGCCGCGAAGGUUCAAGUGGCCGAUAAGGAGAAAGAAGCGGAUAAGAAGGAGUCGAGUGCUCAUGGUGAAGUGACAAAUUCCAGUGAUUUAAACCGUGAGGAAAAGGGCAGGUGAAAAUGGACCAAACAGAGUGUCUUUUGCACUCAGAAUUCACGAUAUAGUGUUGAUCAAAAUUGUACAUUCGAAAUCGGAUAAGCUGCUGUUACCUCUGUCAUCUUCUGAUUGCGAUCGGUUUAUUGGACGUUUUAGUAAUAUAUUUCUAACCGCGUUUCGAAUCAACAACGAACACGAUAUGUUUCACCGUAUAAUCUCGCCUCAAUGACGUUUAUUUUACGAGGACAAUAUUUUUUUGGCACCUAUAUAUAUAUGUGUGUGUGUGUGUGUGUGUGUGUGUAAUAUAUAGUUAUUAUUCGAAGAUGUAAUUAGGUACGAACUCUGCGAACGAACUGAAAGAGUUGGAACCAUCGUUUGAACGAACUUGUAAAUAUACAAUGAAAAUCGAGUUGUCCAAGUGGUUGGAAACAAAAUCGUGAUGGAUCAUGUACCGUUACACACCGAGUGAUAAAGCGCACGUUGUCCUCCAACCAACCAGUGCACGUAAACCCAGCAUGGUCUAACAAUGAGUCACUCGGCAUCAAUCUUGAUCGAUGAUCCAGUUCGUCGUGUGGAUUUUUCCCAGCGUUUCCAUGUCCAGAUUUCCGAUGUCUCGCGAUGCUCACGAUGUCACCGCACGCAUACUGUCGCAGCUUCGCCAACAGAUAAGAUUAUUUUAUGUAUGUAAUCAUGCCAAAAAACGCCGCGAGAGGGGCACUUUUUUCAUCCUACAAUCUGCACGCGCAUCAUUACAAAGUCUAAUAAAUUCUAAUCACUGGGCUGGCAUCGAGCAAUCAUUUACAACUCCGAUUACUCGACUGACAAUGAGUCACAGCACUUUAAUGAUGUUUACGAGCCGGAAGUUGGGUCGAUAGUUAAAAUACCUGAUCAAUCCCCGCGACAAGUGCCGACGAUAUAUUAAUAUCAAGGCUUAUUUGAGUUAGAUUUUUCUUCGUCACAGCUAACGAGUGAUUAUAAUUAUUGAGGAUUAAUCGUUGGACGCGGGGUAAAAUCAGCUCAAAAAAAAAAAACGAGUCUGCUUUGAAUCAUUUCACCUUUUCGUCACAGCGAACUUCCCCAAUUUUAGAACGGCAGUCAAGACGUCGGAUAAAAACUUUUCCAGUGAAGCGGGUCGAAAUCUGUUGAUUUACUACAGACUGGUUUCAAAAUUCAAUGGAAACUUGUUGUCGAACUCCAAUAUUCGGGAGCUUCUACAAUCAACCCUGGUUUCUCGGAGUUGUAGGAGAUUGUUUUCGGACUUAGCAAACGAAAUGGUAUGAGACAAAAUCACGAGCUUUUGGCAGCGGCUUGAAAUCGAUGGGCUGAUUACGUGCUCUAGAAAAUUCUUGAAUCAGCUGCACUGCGGUAAAGAGACACAGAGCUUGACCAGGUAGACAAAUCGAAAUGUCACUAAAAAUUUCGAUCACGUGCAUAGGUGAGUGGAUUUAUGACUACGAAAGAGAGUUUACCGAUCAUCGGCAGGCUUGUUCACAAUUCCGGACAUCCGUAUUCGCGCGUGUGAGCUUUCUACAAGUUGUGUACGAAAAUUGUCUGGCGAAUUCGUGCGCCCAGGUUCUCAAAGCUUCGAGGGCUGGAGGAGCGCAUUAAUGUGAUUAGGUCCUGGGUGGCGUUAAUCAACUCGAGACGGAAUGCCGCCUCUGUGUAGCAGCAUGAUUCCCUGCGCCGUUUAUCAAGCCUCCUCGCGCGGCGAAAGCCUCGUCAAAGAUGGAGGGAACCCUGUUGACGGAAAUUAACGGCCUUUUGGGACAUCCGUAAUUCAUCGAUUCACCAGUCCAAGCUCCUCUUGGAGAUUCUUUACUUUUCCUCGCUCGGCGUUAAUGAACGAAGAAGAGCACGAGACAGUGGAUUCGGAGGUACAACAUCAUAAAUCAACGUAAUAAAGUUGUCGCGGUUAAAUUUGAUCGAAACAAAUAUCACCCUUGAGAUACAAAAAAAAAAAAAAAAAAACUUUCAACAAUGCGCGUAAUGGUCUCGAAAUUUUUUAUCCAACUCAACGACUUCCCGACGCCUCUGUUUGGUGGUGAAAAACUCAGCGAAUCGGACCUUACCUUGGGAGUAUAUGGGAAAUUCUCCAUCGCUAUGACUGUGUGUAAGCAUCCUCGCCGAGUAACACUGCCACACCGCUUUUCGCUGUGCCUCGUCCGUUCUAGUCCUGGACCGAGCGGCCUCCUCGAGAUCGUCGAACCGUAGGACCCUUGCCACUUCCGGAUUGUAAAUCUCACUUUCGGUAAAAUUUGGAUACUCGGCGAGACAGAGGCGGCGACUCACAAUGCCAUUACGGUGAAACAAGGUCCUUAAUCCCCUCAACCAUCAGCGUACUCGACGUUAUUUUUACACUUUGUUGAAUAAAAUUAUAUAAUAUCACUGC